CAGAAUGCCUAACGACAACACAGCAGUUUGUGGAUGCGGAGUGGUUUUGGAUUUGCCGAAAUCUCGAAACGGAAUGACGGCAAGUAGUUUAACGAUUUUAAAUCCAAAGCCAUCAAAAGGCUCAAAGGGCGAGGGAAAAUCUUCAAAGAAACAAACAGAGGAAGGAGGCGGUGGUGGUGGAGGACGAGGUCCAAUAUCGAGGGCGUCGGAUACCGGAAGUACUAGUUCAGUUGCUGAACAAACGAGACCUGCCAAAAACAUACAUAAACACGAAAAACGAUUGAAUCCUUCAAGGAGGACCCGAAGUGCAGAAAGAGUCGAAUCACAUUAUACCUACAUUGACUCCGGUUCGAGCAUAUUCGGAGGCAGUAUACGAGAAAACGCCAUUCCGGAAGCUCUCUACGCUACCAUUGAAGACCCACCGAACGCCAGCGCAAACGGAAACGCCGGAAGUCAGCAAAAUGCACAGAAUAGGCCACAACCCGUAUACGUCCUUCCCUCAAUGACGUCACCUCCUCCUACAUACGACGUCGCGACUGGUAAAUCGUGGCAGGGAGGAUUGCCACCAUCGUACGAGGAAUAUCUUUGUCAUAACUAUCCGAUGAUAUCCCGUUCACAUACACCACCGCCUCCGUGGUCAGAUUCAACAGUCGGUAUUCAGCAGGCGCGCAGGGAUCUUUUUGCGAGCCAAUCAGAACUCACUGAAUAUCUAACACAACUGACUCUGGUGCAAGCUAACCAAGAUCAGGUCUCUCACCAAUUCCCAUUAGUGCGACAUUCAACGACUGUUAACCAGCAAGCCCUCAGGAAACAGGCGAUGAGGACGCAAAGAGCGCGCGCUAUGCCUCCCAGAUCCCAAAGUGAAAGUCGAGCUCAGCAGCAGCGGAUUUCGACAAUGUAUGACGACGCUGCAUUUUGCAUGGAAACCACUGCAAUUCAGUCAGCUAUUGACAAUGGUGUGGCAUUCUGCAGUCUUAUGUAAGCAAGAUCGAAAAAUCAAAUUAGAAAAAGCAAAACACAAAAAAUGCAAAAACUAAGGAAAAGAUUACAAAAAAUAAUAUCGAUUUCCGUCGCGAAACUAUUGUCGCUUUCAAUUUUCAUUGAUUUUUUCCCCCCAGUUUCGAAAGUGAAAUUUUUUUCGGGGGAAAAAAAUAAAAGAUGAGAGUAAUAUUAAGGAAAUCGUGUGCAGAAAAUUCGGAGGGGUAUGUGUCUGAGUGUGCGUAUGUAUGAACUGGCUGGUCCAGAAUCAUUGCUUCAUAUUUCUGAAAAAUCUCACACAUACAUAUAUAUAUAUAUAUAUAUAUAUAUAUACAUAUAUCUGAAUAUGCGAGAUUAUAUACAAAAAAUGAAGCCACUUUUUCUACUUCGAGAAAUCUUUACUCGAACCAUAUUAUAGAUACAAUGUGGAUUUAUCGCCAUUAUGAUCAACUCAUUGAUAAAGGCACAAGUGGCACGAUUUUUUUUAAACCUGAAAUAAAUUUCAUCUUCCUGUUUUUCGAAAAGAAUUUCAAUAUUCAAGUUGAAAUUUUACGCAAUUAUUAUUUAUUUUUAUAAAGCUAAAGACUAUUAAUUAUGAGUAAAACAAAUUAUAACUAUAUUAUUAUUUAAAAAAAAUAUUUUUUAGAAUUUUUUUUACAACUUCUAGAAUUUAUUCAGUUUUUCUACUUUUUUUAUUCCGAUCUGAUUUUCAAAUCAAUUAUCAUGUAAAAGUUACAGAUACAAUUAACUUUACUCAGUUGUUACUAAUUUUGUUAUAACUAUUUUUUAUAAUUAGAUUUCUAACUUUAAUUUUUAAUUUUUUAAACCAGUUUUUAAAUAGCUAUUUUUUUCUAACAUAUUUUUAAUAUUAAAAUUUUUUAAUUCAUAAUUUUUCCUGUAUUGGAUUUAAUUUCAGAAUUCCAAUACACCUUCUUCUGUUUUUUUAUUAUUCGCCAGUUAUUUCCAUUUUAAUAUUCUUCCAUUUACAAGUAUUUUAUUUCCAAUAAUAUCUGGAGUAUUAUUUUUAAUUUAAAAUUUUUUUUUCCAAUGAAAUCUGAUUUCUCGAGAUGUACAAUAAAACGACACGCACAUUUCCUGAUAAUUGAACUGACUCUUUUACAGUUUGUAUAAAUUACAGAGUUGUCUAACAAGAGAAAAAAAAUAAAUGUUCAUAUAGUUAGAAUUUAGGAAAUAUUUUACUAGAAAAAGAAAUUAAAUCUACAUUUUUAUUACUAAACGAAAUAUAUAAUUUUUUUGAAAAAAAAUUAUCGAGAUUAAUUGAGUGUAAAUUAUCGGUGUAGUGGAAAAAAUGGAGACAGGGGGAUGAAUUUUUAUUUUGGGGCUAUAAGAAAUCAUUCACUCAUAAUAAAUAAUAAUUUAUUGUGUUACGCCAAAGAGAGGAAUUUAAAAGAAAGUAAGAAUGAUAAACGUCAUUAUUUAUAUUGUUGAUAUUUUCCAACAUACUAUUUUUCGAAAACGAGACACUGAAAACAAUUUUGAGAAAAAAAUCUCUAUAAAUGUGAGGAAUUUUUUAGAAUUUAAAAAAUAAUAGAUUGUGAAUUGUUAUUGCUCUUUGUUAAUAAUAAGAAACGGGAUUGCACUAGCAAUAUAUAAUGACGUGAUUAUAAAGACUGAAAAACAAAAAAAAAUUGUAGAUCAACAAAAUCUUCAAGUGAGUGAAAAUAAUAUGUUUUUUUUCAUUGACAACUAACAUCAAUGAUAAUUUUUUUACAAUCGAUAU